AUGGUUCGGAGAGUGGCUGUCGUUGCAUUUUCUUCUUCUGCAUCAUGUUUCAUUCGUACUCCUCUCUCUCACAGAGGUAUUCCCGACACAGUCUUACGUUGUUCCUCUGCUUUAUGUUGUCGGAGGUUGGCUUAUUCUGGUGUUGGAGACAGCGAUAUGUCGUUCAGAGAGAGACUGAAAUGUGGGUUUGCUGAUAGUACUGUCGAUGAAGCUGUUGCUUUGUUCCAGCAGAUGGUUCAGUCUCGCCCCCUCCCUUCAAUUAUCGAUUUCAGUAUGUUAUUGAGUGCCAUAGUCAAGAUGAAACGAUAUGAUGUUGUGAUUUCGCUUUGUCAUCAAAUGGAAUUGCUCGGGAUUUCACAUAAUCUCUACACUUUGAACAUUCUGAUCAACUGUUUCAUUCGCUCACAUCAAGCAGUCUUAGGAUUUUCGGUUUUGGGUAAGAUCAUGAAGUUGGGUUACAAGCCUAAUACUGUCACAUUCAACACCAUAAUCAAUGGGUUCUGCAUCGGAGGUGAAGUUUCUGCAGCUUUAGACUUGAUGGAGCGAAUGGUGGACGCGGGACUUCAAUCUAAUGUCAUAACAUUUAACACCGUCGUCAACGGACUUUGUCUCAAGGGUAGAAUUCACGAGGCAGUAACUUUGAUUGAGCGGAUGGUAGAGAAAGGCUCUGAACCCAAUAUUGUUACAUAUAACACGAUUUUAAACGGCAUUUGCAAGCUAGGGGAUUCUGCUUUAGCUUUGAAUUUGAUCAAGAAGAUGGAGGAAAGAUGCAUGAUGGUCGACGUCGUAACUUAUACUACGAUUAUCGAUUGUCUUUGUAAAUGUGGGAAUGUGGAUGAUGCGUUGGGCGAUAUGAUCAGAAGGAAAAUCAUGCCCAAUGUUGCUACUUUUACCGGAUUAAUCGAUAAUUUCAUCAAAGAGGGGAUGUUUCUAGAGGCUAAAGAACUGUUCGAGCUGAUGCUCCAAAGAGGUUUGGUUCCAAAUACGAUCACUUAUACUUCACUUAUUUACGGGUUUUGCAUGCAAAAACGCCUUGUUGAAGCCAGACAAAUAUUUGAUUCUAUGGUUACCAAGGGAUGUUUUCUAAAUGUAGUGACAUUUGGUGCUCUCAUAAAUGGAUACUGCAAGUCUGGUAAGCUUGAUGAGGGUCUCGAGCUCUUUAGUCAGAUGUCUCGAAGAGGGGUGAUUGCUAAUAACAUAAUUUACAAUUCUCUCAUUCAAGGAUUUUGUAAGGCAGAUAACCUUGAUGGCGCCCAGACGCUUUUCUUCGAGAUGCAAUGUCAUGGUCCACAUCCCGAUCUAAUAACUUACGUGAUUUUACUUGAUGGGUUGUGUAAAAAUGGAAAGCUUGAAGAGGCAUUGGAAUUAUAUAACAAGAUGGAAAAGAAUGGGAUGAGCCUCAAUGUAUUUGUACACAAUGUUAUCAUUCAUGGGUUAUGCAUGGCUGAGAAGAUUGAUGAGGCAUUGCAGUUGUUUAAUAUGCCUUUCAGAUAA